UUGCCGCGAAUCAAAUAAAUCAAUCGAAUAAAAGUAUUUCAUGUUCAACAAAAUAAUAAUAUACCCAAAUAAUGGAGUUCAGUAACACAGGUGGAAUGAGAAGUCCAUUUUCUCCACGUGUAAAAUCAGUUGCAGGCCGUAGACCAAUUGGACUAAAUUCUUCCAAAAAGAAUCAGAGUAGUCUUCUGCAGUCAACAGAACAGCAAUCUGGUGAUGUUAUAUAUAAGAGUCCGUCAAUGACCAUAGAAACUUAUGGAGCGCCGUUACCUGUUAUGGUCACAGAAACUCUCGCCUUUGCUAGUGGUGAUGUCAGUGUCCGUAUGUCACCCUGCGGUUGGUGUUGGUUAGUAGCUGGAAGGCGCAUCUUGGCUUGGCCCAGAGAAACUUCUACACCAGGCGUGCCUACAGCAGCCAGGGAACUUACACUUCCUCAGACAGAUUUAGCUCACAAAGCUGAUCUUGUUAUGCUCUUCUAUGAAGAUGAUGCUCAAAUGCCAUCAUGUGUUGGUGUGUCACCUGAGGGGGUUGUACGUUACUGGGCCUCUGUAGGUGUCGAGGGAACAUACUCAGAUUCUGUAUGUGAGCUUGCUGGACAGGAGUGCGAGCGACUUGUGCUGGCAAGGCCGUCUAUGUUACUACUUGCCACUACAACAUGUACACUUGUGCGCAUUACCACCAGUCGUGAUGGGCGUGCGGGCGCGCGUUGUCAAGUGUUGAGACCGGCGGGUGGCUGGCUAGGUGGCAUCGGUCGUCGAGUAUCCCUGCUUUUCUUUGGAAACAUGCCUGCACAUCCAGAUACACAGAAACUCGUCGGAGUGGUAGUCCUAGAGGGGGUGACAGAUCUGCCACCUGUAAGUGCGGAGGAGGCUGAGGAAUGUGGAAACGAGGUGGUAGCGUUAGUGGCGAGCGGUCCAGUGCUGCAGCUGUGGCGGGGAUCCCACGUACAAGAGCACCAGUUAAGACGACCGCUCACUGAGGCAUUGGCCCGCGCGCAUUUAGCUCAAGGUGACCUAAGCAGCCUAGAGUUGACGGCGUUGGACGUUCACGCAUAUGGACCUAGUGCACUUCUGCUACUUGUGGCUAUCGGCUCACGGACUCCGGACACACGUCUGGCACUAGCUCACAUAAGCAUCGAGGGUGCGGACGCUCGUGUGACGUCACUGUGCCCGCUGCGCGCGCCCGUCCCGCGCGAGGACGAACCACCGCGCUGUCUGCCGCUGUCGGCCGCGCCGCUACUCUACUGCUCCUCAUACGUUUCACUGUCUACACCGCCAUCGGGCGGUGGGGAGUCGGAAGUGAUAGAAGUGAGAGGGGAAGGGGAUCGCAUACUAGGAGCAGCGCUGGUGGCAGCCGCGCCGCUGCUAUUCAGCCGCAAACACGGCGUGUUGCUACUGAGACCGCAUCUACGCACGCACAAGACCGUCAUUGACAGCCCAUUGGAUUCUCCAUGCCCUUCUGAUAUGUAUGAAGGGAACCUGUCGUUAUAUGAGAUUGAUCCUCAUGAGGUGAGCGCCCUAGCAACAGAUCUGUGCGGACGGUUGAAGACGGCGUUCCUAUUUCACGUGCGUCGCGACCCGGCGGUGGGGCGGGCGCUCGCUGAGCUGUUACCGCGUGCGGACACCGACGUGGACGCGGCUAUCGACCGCGCCGUACUUAGCGUGGCGGAGGACAUGUUGGAUGAUGUGCCUGCUGGUGACCCGAGAUGGCGUGUACGUGGCAGCGCAGUACGUGUCGCGCUUGGUAGCUCUGCGGCAUUGCAGGCGUCCGCGCAGUUACGAGACAAACAGCGCGCUUUCUCGCUCUUCCUUGACUUUUUACGAGCGCAUGGCAUACUUCGUCGAUUCGGCAAAAUAACCAGAGAUGACGGUAGCACUGAGUGCACGUUGUCAGCGUUAUGCGGUCUCGGCGCUCGCUUGGCGGGCAUGCGUGCGUUGCAGCGUCGCCACGCUGCGGGCGCGCCGCUACUUGACGCCGCACUACAGGCAUCCGCUGCCGACGACGCAGAAGAUGAUCCCGAGUUGUCCGAGGCUCUGGCGUCCGGGGCAUUAUCCGCUGCGGACGUUUGCUGGCGUCGCGUGACCCGCCUACCGCAGUUGCUCGCUGCGUUAGCGCGUCUGCCCCCCUCGGCCGAUCCCCGCGCAGCUGCGUUAAACGCUCAACAAGCGCUCGAUAUACUUGCGAAUGUGAUGAGCGAAAUGCACUCUUGGGCGGGGCAGUGGACGGCGUGGGCGGGGCCAGUGCCGCGCCCCGCCCCGUCGCUAGGAGCGCACGCGUUACUCCCAGCGCUUAUACAAUUACACACGCGCGCUGUUACACAAUGUGCUCGUAACUGCCCUGAUGCGGCGCUGCGGGCUCAGGUGUUAGAAGGCGCGGCGGCUUUGGCCGAUUUAGCUCUUGUGGAGGCGGAGCCACUGCGGAUAGGCGCACGGACGGGACGUCUUUAUGAGAAGAUGCGCAAUGAUAUACUACAACCAUAUGUGGACGAAGGACAAAUUGAACGCGCUCUGGUAUUGGCCGAAAAGUUUCGACAUCUGCAACUGUUAGUCGAUGUGUGUGUUGAAAGAGACCUGCCUCGUCUGUAUGCCUACAUAGACAAAUUCCUUGAAGAGGGAAUGGCAGAAAUCGCUUUCGACCGGCUACUAUCGGCUGGCGGGCCUAAAGCCGCGCUUGCAAUACGCGAACUGGGCGAGCGGCAGAGCGCUAGAUUGAGCGCGUGGCUAUCGGCACGGUCAGAUCGCGGACUGCUAGCUCUGCACCAACUGUCCCGUAUCCGCGACCGCACGACCGACGCCGCCGCACGCUCGCUAGCGAACGCGGCCGCACACGAGCGUUCGUCGCUGAGGCGUUUACGGACAUUGGCAUCUCUCUCCAAACUGUGUACCCUCGCCGGCGACGACGAUCCGACGAGCGCGGAGACGCGGCGCCAGGUGGAGGAGAGACUUACGCUGGCGGAGCUGCACGACGCCAUGCCGCGUGAACUGCGCGCACACCACGGCAUCAGCGACACUGAGGACUGCCGUGUGCUCGAUCCAGAGGAGCUGGUUCAGAUGUAUAUCGACGCGCCAAUGCCGCUCAACGAGUUGGACUACAAGCAGGCGCUGGACCUCACAGAACUGGUACCCGAUAUGGAACGCAGGGAUGAGCUACGCCUUCGUGUGUGGUGCGCGUGUAUACGUCAGGACGACUGGAGCAGCCCGCAGAUGGACGCGCCGGACCGCGAACUCUCGCAGAAGAUAUUCUUCCGAUUGGUCGAUCUCGUACACAUCAUGGGUGGGGACUUGGAAUUGCUGCUGCCGCCUGUAGAAGACAUCCUCACGGCUCCAGAACUAGCCGAGCUGGUGUCAGACCCGCGGUUCCAUUACCUGCUGAAAUACGGCUACGAGUGCGUCGACACUGAUCGUGAUAUGCAGGAGUAGAUUUAAGAUUUACUAAUUAAUUAUUAUUUGCUACGUGAAACGCUAUUUAAAAUCGGUUGCACUCGAUUGCCUUUGUCAAUUGUGCCAAGUGAUAAUCGAAAACGCAAUUCUGUCUCUGUCACGGAAGGAUUAUAUUCUGUAAACUCUAAAGCUAUUUACUUCAUAAAACAUCAAUGCUAAGGGCCUGUUUCACCACUUUCUGAUAAGUGACGAAUAGGCUAUCCACCACUUAACUUGACAGAUCAAGUAUGGAGAAUCUGUCAGAAAAGUUGUGUAACUUUGUUUCCCCAUUUCUCGGCGGUUUUACCAAUUUCGGAUUCCAGAACUACCGUUAUAUAAUACCAACUUUAAAGUUUUGGCGCUGGCGCCAGCCAAACAAGCUUGCGAUGUAACUUUUUAUUUUUAUUUUAAUAAUAGUAAUUGAGCAAUUUCAAAAUAAAUUAAACGGUUUAAAUUCACAGUGCGGACAGGCCUUUAUUAAAGUGUAUAAUAUUAUAAUUGCAGCGUAUUAAAGCUAUUUAAAGUCCGCUGUUUUUGUCUGUUCAUGUGAAUUUCCAAUUUUCCAGUAACGACAAGCGACAUUAUAAUAUAAGUUUAUAUUUGCUGUGAAAAUAUUUUUGUAAGUAAAGGAGUAAACCUUAAGAACAUUUCACAAAUGUUGUAAAAAUAAACAUAACUCACCAUUUGACCUAAAACCGGACUGAUGUUAGUAUUAAGCGUUAAUUAUAAAAUUGAAUUCCUGUUAAA